AUGUUAUUGCGCACAGCUAAGUUCGCGAACACAGUACCAAGCAUUUUGGUGACUGCACAAGAGGUGGUUGUGCCGCGUAUCUAUGAGCGUUUCAACGUGACACAUUAUCAAGAUACCCCAACAAUGCCUCGUGACUUGCUGCUCUCUGAGAUACCGAAACACGAUGCUGUCUAUUGCUUGCUUCGUGAUAACAUCGAUAAAGAAUUCCUCGAUCAUGCAAAGAAGCUAAAACUGGUCGCUUCAAUGUCAGUUGGCUACGAUCAUAUUGACGUGGAUGAGUGCAAAAAAAGGUUUAUCUCGUAUUGUUCUCUCAUUCUUUAA